AAAAUAUAAGAAUUAAGCAUCGUGCUUCCAAGGAAAGCAUGAGAAUUUGCAUUGGUGGGAAACACUUUCCAUGGAUAGCGAUUCUCAUUUCUCACACUGCUGUCUGUGCUGUCGCCACAAUAAGCAAUGAAAUUUCUCACUCACCAGGUACUGACAAGGGAAGCAAAACAGGGUAAAAGCAGAGAGAACUGUGGUCUGUGGAGUCUACCCUUUUGAGAUCCUAUAUCAAAAGGGAUUUUAGAGCCGGAAUUGAGGAAGAAACCAACAAUUAAGUUGGUGUCGACUAAUAAUUAUUGUGGAGGCGAUAGUGACUCCAGUUAGGAGUCGCAAGAAAUCUUCCUUGGACGAACGGUACAAGUUCUGUGGAGGCUCCAGCAUUGGAGAAUUUGAAGAUGAAGGAGAGGGAUGGGAUUUAGGUUUUGUUGAAAUGGGAUUUGGGUUUUGUUGUUUUGUUAAAAUAACGAAUCUUUUCCCUCUUCUACUGAAAAAUUUGGAGAAGAAAGUAGUAGCUUCUGGUAGUUGAGAAUUUUUGGGUAAACUUCAGGGAAGGUCACAAUCUUUUAGGAUUAUAACACUUUGAUCACUUACUUUUUUUUAUGCAGUAGGUCACCGACCUUUUAAUUUUUUUUCUUAGCUAUUAAGCAAAUAGCCAAUCGAUGAUUUUAUAGAAGUAUGUAUAUAUAUUUAAGUCAAUAAAAAUUUAUUAUUUUA